AUGGGUUUUGGCUUCUCGUCUGAUUCAGUGAUCGAAGGAGCUGAACAAAACCCAUCGUCGCUUUUCGAAGCUUUAACGAAAAGACCUUCGCGAAGGACCCCUUUAAAAACCACCGAUUACACUCCUAUGUCUCAUCAUCAUAAUAUCCUUCAAGAAGUUGUCAAAUCAAGGUUUAAGACUCUGUUAGCCUUAUCAUUUAUUGUAUACGUCAUCGUUUAUCACUUGUCUUUAUUUUCUCUUUUGUUCUGCAGUUCCGUAGAAGAUUCUUUGGUCAGAAGUUAUGGAAGAAGUUUCAACGGUUUUGCAGCCAAACUCACUGAAUCUGAAAGAGACAACCUUGCUGGCAUGGAAGGUGUAGUUUCGGUAUUCCCAAGCACCUUUUAUAAGCUUCUUACGACAAGGUCUUACGAGUUCAUGGGACUUGGUGACAAGAGCAAGCAAGUUCCUGAGGUGGAGACCAAUACAAUAGUUGGUGUAAUAGACGGAGGAAUAUGGCCUGAAUCCAAGAGCUUUUCAGACGAAGGCAUUGGCCCUAUACCAAAAAAAUGGAAAGGAACUUGCGCUGGAGGAACUAACUUCACAUGCAACAAAAAGUUGAUUGGAGCACGACACUAUGUGCAAGACUCGGCGAGAGAUGAUGAUGGUCACGGGUCACACACGGCUUCAACAGCAGCUGGAAACAAAGUAAAAGGAGUGAGUGUAAACGGUGUGACCAAAGGAACGGCUAGAGGUGGUGUGCCUCUAGGUAGAGUUGCCGUUUACAAAGUUUGCGAGCCAGCAGGUUGCAACGCAGAAGGUAUUUUAGCUGCGUUUGAUGAUGCUAUAGCCGAUGGAGUCGAUGUUAUAACCAUUUCCAUGGGAGGAGGUGCUAUUGGAUCAUUUCAUGCCAUGACCAAAGGGAUUGUUACCACAGUAGCUGUCGGGAACGACGGUUCUAAACCUGGACUAGCGUCUAACCUUGCACCAUGGCUCAUAUCCGUGGCUGCAGGUACAACUGAUCGAAGAUUUGUUACUGAUGUGGUUAAUGGAGAUGGCAAGACGCUUCAUGGAAGAUCGAUCAAUGACUUCGACUUAAAGGGAAAGAAGUAUCCUUUGGCAUAUGGAAAAACUGCUUCAAAUAACUGUACAGAGGAGCUAGCAAGGGGUUGCGCCAGUGGUUGCCUGAACACGGUGCAGGGAAAGAUCGUUGUGUGCGAUGUUCCAGAUAAUGUUAUGGAACCUAAAUCAAUGGGAGCUGUUGGAGUUAUCCUACAUGUAACUGAUGUUGAUUCUCCGGGUCUUGGUCCAAUUCCGGUCGCAACCUUAGAUGAUACCAACUAUGAUGCAUUCAGAUCUUACGUUCUCUCCUCACCAAACCCACAAGGAGCUAUACUGAAGACUGAGACAGUUAAAGACAACAAUGCUCCGAUUGUUGCUUCCUACUCUUCUCGUGGUCCAAACACUCUCUUUAGCGACAUUUUGAAGCCUGAUAUAACAGCUUCAGGAGUGAAUAUCUUAGCAGCAUAUUCACCAUUGGGUCAAACUGCACUUCCUGGACAAAGCGUGGAUUACUAUUUCAUGUCUGGAACAUCUAUGGCUUGCCCUCAUGCCGCUGGUGUAGCUGCAUAUGUCAAGACAUUCCAUCCUGAUUGGUCUGCUUCUGCUGUCAAAUCUGCUAUCAUGACUACUGCUUGGGCGAUGAACGCUUCGAAAAAUGCAGAAGCUGAGUUUGCAUACGGAUCAGGACAUGUUAACCCUACAGCGGCAGUUGAUCCAGGGCUUGUUUACGACAUAGCCAAAGAGGAUUACUUAAACAUGCUCUGCUCUUUGGACUACUCAGCCAAAGGCAUUAGUACUCUCGCCGGUGGAGACUUUACUUGUUCCGAGAAAUCAAAGCUGACCAUGAGAGAUCUCAACUACCCUUCAAUGACAGCCAAAGUUCCAGCUUCUUCAUCAUCCUCAGAUAUCACAUUUUCAAGAACGGUCACCAACGUUGGGAGAAAUAUAUCCACUUACAAAGCAAAACUGACUGGGAACCCUAAACUCAGUAUCACGGUUGAGCCACAGACACUCUCUUUUAAGUCAUCUUGGGAGAAGAAGAGUUUCACUGUUACCGUCUCCGGCAAGAGUCUUGCACAAAUUUCUGGUAUUGUGUCGGCGUCUCUGGUUUGGUCGGAUGGAUCACACAACGUAAGAAGUCCUAUUGUUGUAUAUACUUAA